UCCUCCAUGUGACGCGCCCUCCCCUCGGUGCCCUUCAGCCGCCGCCGCAGUUCGCGCGGUGCCACAUGGACCCGGCCGGCCCGAGCGCGUUCCGCCACUGACUGCGCGCCCGGCCCUGGGAAGGAAGAGGACUCCUGGCUACACUUGAAUGUGAGUUCUGACCCUUGGAGAAGUCGUUGAGAAGUCGGAGCCAUCGUCAUGGAGUUCGUGAUGAAACAGGCCCUGGGAGGGGCCACCAAGGACAUGGGGAAGAUGCUCGGGGGUGACGAGGAGAAGGACCCAGAUGCGGCCAAGAAAGAGGAGGAGCGCCAGGAGGCCCUGCGCCAGGAGGAGGAAGAGCGCAAAGCCAAGUAUGCCAAGAUGGAGGCCGAGCGAGAGGUCAUGCGGCAGGGCAUCCGAGACAAGUACGGCAUCAAGAAGAAGGAGGAGCGCGAGGCGGAGGCCCAGGCCGCCAUGGAGGCCAACGCGGAGGGCAGCCUGACGCGGCCCAAGAAGGCCAUCCCCCCGGGCUGCGGGGACGAGCCGGAGGAGGAGGAUGAGAGCAUCCUGGACACGGUGAUCAAGUACCUGCCCGGGCCGCUGCAGGACAUAUUCAAGAAGUAACGCGCGGCGCCGCAGCCGCGGGACCCCGGAGCCCCCGUCCCCGCCCGCCCGCCCCCUGAGACCCUCCGCGGAGACCCCGAAGGGAUGUCGGGAGCCCAUUGCAGCCCCCACGCCGAUAUAAGCCAUAGCCCUAGGUCUGUCCUUCCCGCGCCCCCCACGCCUCGGGAGCCUCCGCCCACUUCUCCAGCACCACCACCCCCCACCGGCCCGGGGCGCCCGACCCCCGGACCCCUGCAGCCGCCGCGGCCCGGGAUCGGCCCAGUGCUCCUCUGCCCGCGGGGCUUGGGGCCCCCACGCCUGGGACGCCCCUUACUGCUCUGACCGUUCACCGCCCGCGCGCCCGGAGCCGCCCCGCGUCGGGCGCCCAGUGGGCCGGCCCAACUUAGGAGCACAGCCAUAGGGGCGGGGGGUGGGCUGCGGCGCGCAGCGGGAGCCCGGCCCCCCGCCCCCACCCUCUGUCCCGUGCCCGCCCCGCACCCCGCACCCCCACCCUCUGUCCCGUGCCCGGCCCCGUCAGCUUGUCGUCACCCUCCUCCGCGCUGGCACCCCGGUUGCUGAUGGAGCUUCUCGGCGUCUUCCGGUCCUCACGGCCCACCUCCAUCGGCACCCCUCACACUCUUGGUCCACCUCUGCCUCCUCCCCUCACUCCUCUGGAAGGUGUUGCUUCUUAGGACGCCGGAGCCGCGUUCUCUGGACCAGGGGCAGAGCGUGGGGCUGGGGAGCUCAGGGGGCGUCCGGGACGGGCGGAGAGGUCCCCUCUUCCCCACCGGGGAGGCUGCCCUCACCUCUGAGCGCCCACGCUUUCGGCAGGAGCUGGAGAGGCCUGAGAAACCAGGGCCCUCGGGGUGCGUGCGGUGGUCUGGAGGCCUGCGGGGCUCGGGGCCCGCCCGGGCCGCCCCGCGCCCUCCCCGCAGGCUCUUUGGUGUCUGAGGCUCGCAGGCCCUCGGCUGGCCCCCGAGUGUCCCGGCGCAGAGUCCCGCAGAAGCCCGCGAGCGCCCCCACCCCUCGCGCCCUCCUCCUCUGUCCGUGUUAAUUUGCAUCACAAUAUGUUGAAUCUCAGGUAAAUGAGGUCUUCUGUUUUUGAUGAGUUUUGUCCUGACGGAAAGGCCCCCGCCUGGUUCCCGGCCCUUUCUGUCCACAUGGAAACCGCACUCAGUGUCCGCGCGUUGCGGGCCAGGGGCGCGGCUCGGCAUCGACCCUCACAACCUUACAUAGCUGUAGAGAAGCCAUAACACCAGACUGCAAUACUGACCACCGACGCCCGCCCUGCGCCCGCUCGCCCUGCGCCCGCUCCCACUCCUCCGGGUCCGCGUCUUUUUUAAAUGCCUGUUUUCACACUUUAAAAAGCCAGCUCGCAGACAGGGCGUCCUCUCGCAGAAACCGCCAUCCCGUUCCCAGCCUUGGGGCGCCCGGGGCCGCCGAGCUUAGCUAGACCGUGGAUGUUGUCUGUCCGUCCGUCCCUGCGCCCUCCUGCAUGUCGGGGGCCCUCGCGUGUGUUCUCUCUGGAUGGAAUCACAGCCAAUAAACACUACAGUGAUUUCA